CAGACCCCCUGGAGGCCGCACUAAUUCUUCAGUCUGACAACGUAUAAAAGUGUCUUGGAUCUUGACAGUCAUCCUAGUUACGACUGGUGUUGCCUCCAAGAAGACGAAAUCCAUUUCAGACUAAGUCACGAUGAUACUCCAGUCAAUUGCGACAUUUUCCUGCUUAUUCCUAGCUGCUUCGGCAUGGAGGAUUCAUCAAACUCAAAAACCAAUUCCAGUUGACCCUUGCUACGCAGCGAAGUGCCCAGCAAAGAUUUCAUACACAGAAUGCUACAAAACAUACAAACCCGAGGGAUCCUGUUGUUCAGUUUGCGCAUGUUCGGACGAAAAUGAUAAUGCGUUCAGCAUUGGAGAAAAAUAUCUGAUGCACAAGAACCGGAAAUGCUAUGAAUGCACAUGCAGCGAAAAUAAGGGCGUUAGAAAUGCUUUGUGUUUCAAGGCAUACUGCCCCAAGGCCAAUUGUCCACCAAAAAUCCGAGUGAAGGAACCAAACAGUUGUUGCGAGAAAUGCCCAAGUAACUGGAAGCCAGCCGGUCCACCAACCUUUCCACCCUUUCCACCCUUCCCAGGAUUUCCACCAGUUGGUGAUGAAGCAGAGGUUGCCGCAGAAGAUGAUGCAAAAGCAAAUCAAGUGUAAUAAUGCACCUUGAAGAAGAUCACACUUGAUGCUACAUAAUCUACUGUUACGUUGAAAACUGUCGAUAAAGUAUCAAGAAACUGUAAUCAUAAAAUUGACGAGAGUUAUCUGAACUCUGAAAUUUCAUUUUAUUGUCUAAAUAAUUCUAAUACAUAGGAAGCAUUUAGAUAGUUGCACUCACCAUCAUCUUCUCAUUAUCUUCCUUCAAUAUAUGAAUUUAUGCAUUUUGAAUCUUAUAUUAUAUUAUUCAAUGCCUUUUUGUGCUUGUUUUCCUUCUGUUCAAAAUCGUUACUAGGGUGUCAUCAUUCUGUUGUGUCAAACAUCAUCAUGGUUGCAGAGAUCAUACAGAGUAUAGUGAAUCACUUAGAUAUCGAUAGCAAAUAUAUCGACUAAAAACAAGAACGAAAUUCUAAAUUUAUAAUUACGCGUUAUGUGAGUUUUAGCGAAUAUCGCAAUGUGCACCAGGAUUAUUUUAGAUCACUGAGAACUAUCCUCAUUCUGCAUUUGGCACACAGAAGUUGCCUAGGAAAGUCUUUUUUAUCCGUAUUUUUUAAAUCUCAGUACGGCUUCCUUAAUUCCAGCUCGAAGAGUAUUAUUCUAAGCCUUCAUUAGUUAAGGUUUUGGUCAUUAUACCAGCGAAACAUUUUUUGCUAAUUGCCUUGCUGAUUCCGUCUACCACUUUUUAAGAAACACGUAGAAAAUUUUUAUAGCUGGUUUUCUAUAAAUGUUGUGAAUUUUGCAGAAAUCUUCUGGGAUUUGCUUAAUAACUUGAUACACGUGACAAUACAAUGACUUAAUUUGGACUCGUUAAGCUCGAAAUUGCUCUUUACAUUAUGGAUUAAGUGUUUAAAGACUUUGAGCCCAGUUUCCAGAGAAUGUUACCUUCAAGUUAUCGAGAUAUUCCUUGUCUUCCCUCUAAUCUUUCUUAAUAUAUCUUCAGACGUUUCUUGCAAAUCUUACGCUACAGUGCCCUUGAAAAACGUCAUAAUUGAGCUAAAAUUCAUUAAAAGCUUUCUUUUGUGACGUUUCAAAUACAAAGCAUAGCUGGAAAUUGAAAAAAAUGGUUUUCAGGGUUUAGGGUUUUAGGCAACAGAGUCAGGAAAGGGAUUUCUGGGACUGAAAUGAACGUUGGACUGAGUCUUCGAACUUUCACACUGCGAAGAAGGCUAGAAAACGUCCACGUGGGAUGAGAUUUUUCCGAAGCAAGAGCUGGGAUAAAGCCCCCUCUCCCUUUAGAACAUUCUUAAAAGAGCGACUUCUAAUAGGCCUCUGUUGAAAUCACCCCUCGAUGAAAACUUACAGAUUUUAGUCACCCUCACUACUCUCAUUAUAAGAAAUCAAUUUGUAGACAUUGAUCAGACAGCUAGCUCUUUCUAAUAAAAAUUGAAUUCGUCAUUCACAUUUGCUGUUUUUAUGAAAUAACCAUAUAAAAGCUUUAACGAUAGAAAGGAAGAAGACACUCGUGCUUGAUAACAUCGAAUAUAUUGUUUUGAUUCGCCAUGCUAUGCUAACAAGUUUCUAGAAUCAAAAGGAAAUGUCUCUUGUAAUUAAAUGCUUUGUCAGCUGAAGAUUAACAUAUGACUUCUAGGCGAUGUUAUGGUUUUUACGGAACCUUUUUAUUGUAAGCAGUGUGAAUCACGUCCUGCUUGUAAAGCCAAACUUGUUACAGCUCAAGUUUAUAUCAGUUUCUCUUAUCAACAUGUUUGUCAUCGUCUGAUGUCAAUGAUAAAUAGAGCUAUAUAAAUGUGCCCUUCCCUGAGCAGAAAAUCUAUCUUCAACUAACAUCAGCAUUCAGGAAUAAGAAGACCCAGUACAAGUGAAAAUGAUCUUUAAUUUCAUCGUCACCUUUCUCUGCCAGUUUUUAGUUGUUUCAGCAUAUCAGAUUUUGGUAACACCUGAACCGAUAGUUAUUGACCCUUGCCACGAUGUCACAUGCCCGCCAAUAUACACGGAGUGCCAUAAAACAUACGUGCCCAGUGGAUCCUGCUGUCCUAUCUGUGCCUGUAUGGAUGAGAAGAAUAACGUAUACGAAGUAGGGCAAAGUUUUCUCCUGCAUAAAAACAACAAGUGCUACGGGUGCACAUGCAAAAGUGUGGACGGUGCCAAGUCUGCAACAUGCUACGAGAUGUAUUGUCCAUACCUUUCUUGCCCUGUAGAACAUCAAGUUCAACUGAAAAACAGCUGCUGCAAGGAAUGCCCAUACGUAGCUCCACGGACGUUUCCUCCAUUGCCCAGUUUUGGGUUGUUAAGAGAUAAUGAGUCAAAGGAUAAAGCAG